AUGAAGGAAGGAAAUGAACCGAGGUACCGAAAAUUGGAGCACAUUGAUAAAGUAGCACCAUCAAACUGUAUGACUGUAGAUUUAGAGAGAGCGCCGAAAUCAGAAAACGAGUGUAUCGAUAUACAGUUCUCAGAAGGAAAACGUUUCCCUUAUGGAACAAACAGUUGUGUGCAGGCGGUGAAACGGAUAGAGACUCCUGCAAAGGAGACUCUGGAGGUCCCCUUAUACUCUGACGGUAAUCAUGGUACAUGCGUAGGUGUACAUUCUUGCCCACAUUUAGCAGCGAUGGUCAAACAAUCGAUAUCGAAAGAAGAUGUGCAAUAUUUGCAAAAUUCAAUAUGCGAUGGACCAGAACAAUACAGCGUGUGCUGCGGUCCUCUUAAAGAAGAAACUCAGGUAACAGAAGCAGCAAUCGACGAGUACCCAUGGUUAGCACUAAUAGAAUACGAAAAAGACGGAGUCAUCAAAGCGUUGUGCAACGGAGCACUUAUAAGUGGCAAAUACGUAUUGACGCCUGGGACAUUGCGUCGUUGGGCCCAUCUUAAAUGUAGAACUCCGAAAAAUAUUCGUUUGGGAGAAUACGACACCGUUAACGAUGGUCGCGAUUGUAUUAAUAUAGAAGGAGGCGGUGUGGACUGUACUGAUCCUCCUGUCGUCAUUCCAAUUGAACUUACCAUCCUGCAUCCUCAAAUCGAACUCAAUAGCAGAAAAAACGACAUCGCAUUAAUUAGGAUGAGACAGAAUGCACCUUUUACAGAUUUUAUUCAGCCCAUUUGUCUUCCAACUGUGGACGUCACUGCAUCUCGUUCAGAUGAAGAUAGAUACUAGCCACUAAUUACAGCAGGGUGGAGAACUUUCAAUAACGGUGACCACAGUACCAAUAAUAUACAACACAUUUUUGUUCCAUUCGUCAACAAUACGGUGAGUGUCUAUGACUCGAUUAUUUUCUUCAGUAAUUUGA